AUGAACGCACCACCUGUGAUUCAAGUUAUUUCCAUCGUCUUAAAUUGUUUAGAAGAACACAGCCGUAUUAGAAGAAACCAGAAGUCUGAUAAUGUCGAUGCUGAUAAGAAUGAUAAAGAAGAAGACAUCGAUCAAUCUAUCGCUAGCGAUAUCAGAAUCUUUAAUCAAACCCACAACUUCGCCCAACUGAUUGCCCAUUUGAAACCCAAUCUCAACCAAACUCCUUUAUCUGAACAAUAUAGGUUUGAUAAUUAUUAUUAUGAAAAAGGAGGAUGUGUUUUCUCAUCAAAUGGUAAAAAUCUUCCAACUCACUACGAACUGAUUAGAAUCGCAAAUUGGUCAAAUCAAUGUUUCAACUUACGCGAUUUGGCAACCAAUAGCUCUCAUAUCAAUCCCGCUCCUUAUUUCAAUGCACAUCAUUGUAGAUGGAGUUUUGGUCUUGCAUCGAAGGAUCCUUGGAAUGAGUUAAUUCAAAGUGUUCACAUCAAUCCAGAAUUGGCUUUGACGGUCUUGGGGUAG